AUGCCCCUGGCUCCGCCCUACAGAAGGAAAAUGCCAAGAGAACCUGGAACUCAUCUGCCAACAUCUCAGCUGCUGACUGGAGAGGAGAAUGAGGCCCUUUACAAGGAAGAGAGAGAGGAGAAUUGGCUCCGCCCACUGGAUUCUGAAGAGAAAUGUUCCAUUAAAUCCGAAACAAAUCUCCUUGGUGAAAAUAACCCAACAAAGACCGAGGUGGAACCCCCCUGGGAAGAAGGAGACCCCCCAAACCCUGACAUUUCCCCAACUGGUCCCACCAGGUUCCUAGCGUAUGGGACCUACAGGGAGCCGACACCAUGGGAAGACGACGACUCGGACAGCAGCAGGAAUUCUUUUCCAGGACAGAUCCAGGGACGUGAUCCUGAUAUUGUGGGUAAGAGCUUGCCAGCCAAUAAUGAGUCCCAUCGGAUCGACAGGGAAGAACCAGAAGGUUCUGACUGCAGCAGUGACCCACAAACAGAAGAGACCCGGGGGGCAGCCACUCAGACCAGGAUAUGCAGCCUAAAUAAUGGCUCGUUAGCCAAUGAAAUUAAAGAGGAAGCAGCUUCAUGGGGGGACGAAUUGGCACUUCCCCCGGGGGGGAAACAGUUUUCCUGCUCGGAAUGCGGCAAGAGCUUCGGGUUCCUGAGCCAGCUGAACCGCCACUUCAAGCGCCACACGGGGGAGAAACCGUUUUCCUGCUCCCUGUGUGGGAAGAGUUUUUCCCGCCUGAACAACCUGAAGACCCAUUUUGUCACUCACACAGGGGAGAAACCAUUUUCCUGCUCCGAGUGCGGCAAAUGCUUCGCUCUGCAGAGCCAUCUCAUCACGCACUUCACAAUCCACACGGGGGAGAAACCCUUCACCUGUUCUGUAUGUGGGAAGUGCUUCUCCCUCCAGAGCCACCUGAAAACCCACUUUAUCAUUCACACGGGGGAGAAACCCUUCUGCUGCUCGCAGUGCGGGAAAUGCUUCGGGCGCCAGAGCAGCCUUAAACGACACUUUAAAGUCCACGUGGAUAGGGCUUCUCUGUGCUUAGGGGGACCCGUUGCACCCAGUGAUUUGAGGGACCCGUUACACACAAUGAUUUGUGGGACCCCUUGCACCCAGUGAUUUGAGGGAUCCGUUGCACCCAGUGAUUUGAGGGAUCCGUUGCACCCAGUGAUUUGAGGGAUCCGUUGCACCCAGUGAUUUGAGGGAUCCGUUGCACCCAGUGAUUUGAGGGAACCGUUACCACACAAUAUUUGUUGCACCCAGUGAUUUAGUGGGACCGGUUGCACCCAGUGAUUUGUGGGACCCGUUGCACCCAGUGAUUUGAGGGACCCGUUGCACCCAGUGAUUUGUGGGACCCGUUGCACCCAGUGAUUUGUGGGACCCGUUGCACCCAGUGAUUUGUGGGACCCGUUGCACCCAGUGAUUUGUGGGACCCGUUGCACCCAGUGAUUUGUGGGACCCGUUGCACCCAGUGAUUUGUGGGACCCGUUGCACCCAGUGAUUUGUGGGACCCGUUGCACCCAGUGAUUUGAGGGAUCCGUUGCACCCAGUGAUUUGAGGGAUCCGUUGCACCCAGUGAUUUGAGGGAUCCGUUGCACCCAGUGAUUUGUGGGACCCCUUGCACCCAGUGAUUUGUGGGACCGGAUCAGAGUGAGACCAGUUGCUCCGUGCAGUUCUAUACAAUAGCCUGUACUGCCGCACCAAAAUAUAUUUGAGGUAGGAGAGGGCCCGGGAGGGGGGACUAAGGUACAAGUUGGAGGAAAACAAAUAAAACACUAUUAUGGGCAAAUAAUCCAACAAAACUCAUGGGAAAGAACUGGUAACCCCAGUACUGCACUCACAUCUGGUUGCUAGAGUUUUGUUUACCUUAACAACCAGGCAGUGGGUUAAAUGAGAGAGGGGCUGCAUAGAAAGGUAAGUAAUAAAAGAUAACAAUAAGAUUGUAGCCUCACAGAGCAAUAGUUUUUGGCUGCUGGGGUCAGCGACCCCCAUUCGGAAGCUGGGAAGCUGUCGCAGAGGAAGGUGAAUAAUUAAAAAAAAAAAACUAUGAAAAAUAAACAAUGACCAAUUGCAAAGUUCUUAGGAAUAGGACAUUCGGUAACAUAUUAAAGGUGAACCACCUCUAUCACUGCUGUGUAUUCUGUAUGUGCAUGAACAUGACCAACUGCAACAAGACUUAGCAGGCAUAUGGGACCUUUUUCUUUUUUUAAAUAACACCUUUUGUGUUAAAAAUAUAAACAGAAUAAUGCAAAGUUGAACAUAAAUGUAUCAGAGCUGCUGUAACGUUGAAUCUGAGCGCAAAGCCGCGGGGUUAGAUACACAGAGAAAAGGGAAAAUAAACACAAAAUGAAGAAAAACAA